UGUUAGAUUUUAAUUUAUCCCGUUACAGCGUACCAUAAUUUGUCAUUAUAACCUUGAUGCGCCUUGUCACUCAUCUCCGCUCACUUUCGACCUGGAUUUAUAGUAACACACCACUCUGCCUUUGAGCCCAGAGCGUUAUUUUUGAAAUGGCUUCUUCCUUGAAACUGGUCGUUUUAGCGUUACUACUAAUCUUUGUCUUCCCAGUUAGCUCAAACACGUUCCUCAAUGUGGAAAAACUAAGAUCAUGGUACAUAGUUUUGUCUGGCGAAGCGGGAUUUUCGCCCAACUCAAUUUCUGUCCUCGACACUUUAGCUCUUUUCCUGGUGUCUGCCGUCACGUUUUACAUUCUUUUUAAAGUUUGGAACUUUCUCUUCGUCCCUAUCAAACUCUUUCGCUCGCUUGGAGAUGCAGGAUAUAUUCCAGAUGGAAGACGACCUAUGAAAGACGUGGCUUUUGAAGUCAAACGUAGACGUAAAACUGGGAACUUGCCGCCUGUAUAUCCCAAUGGGUGGUUUCAUGUUUUAAACUCUUGGGAAGUAGGUACUUCGGAAGUUAAGUUUGUAUCCUGUUUAGGAGAACAUUUAGCUGUCUUUAGGGGUGAGGAUGGUGUAGCACAUAUAGUCGAUGCUUACUGCCCUCAUCUUGGAGCAAAUUUGGCAAUCGGGGGACAAGUCGUUGGGAACUGCAUUCAGUGUCCGUUCCAUGGAUGGGAAUUCGAAGGAGAUGAUGGCAAGUGCACCAAAAUUCCCUACAGUAAAAACAUUCCCGCGGUCGCAAAGAUCAAAUCAUGGCCAUGUCUGGAAAGAAAUGAAUCGAUCAUGUUAUGGUAUCAUGCUGAAGGAGCUGAGUCAUCUUGGAUACCCGAAGAUUUAAAUGGAAUUCAAUCUGGAAAGUGGGUCUACCGAGGGCGAACGACACACCAAGUCAACGCCCACAUCCAGGAAAUACCAGAAAAUGGAGCAGACUUGAACCACUUAGAUCAUCUUCAUGGAUCUCCAUUCCUUGCCGGAACUGAUCUGCGCUACACAUUUACUUCCAAAUGGCUUGAAGUUAUGCGUCAUUCCUGGGAUGGUUCUUGGUCAGUGGAUGAAGAUAACAAACAUGUCGGGAAGCUUACUUUGAAACAUGAAAUUGUUGUGUUUGGUUUUCGAAUACCUUUGCUUGAUUUCUACCUCUGUGCAAAGCAGACUGGUCCAGGAAUAGUCCAUAUGCAUUUUUCCACCAUUUUUGGUGAUGGCAUUAUGAUCCACACAGUCACGCCAGAAGAACCUCUUAUACAGAGGGUUGAACACAAGAUAUAUUGGUCAAGAUUCAUGCCUGCAAUAGUAGCCAAGUUUUAUCUAUAUGCCGAGAGUAUCCAGAUAGAGCGUGACAUCAUGAUAUGGAACUACAAGAGGUAUGAGGCAAAGCCACUCCUAGUGAAAGAAGAUAAUCUCAUUGGUAAACAUCGACGCUGGUACUCUCAGUUCUACUCUGAAAAUAGCCCUCAGUAUCCUGCCAUAAAGAAUAACCACCUAGACUGGUAAUUCAAUAUCUUAGAAAUUAGAGAAUGCUCUGGCAUGAGCAAUUAUUCUUUGGCUAGUUCAUGAUCUUCUCCUAUUACUUCAAAGCUUAAUGAAAACCCUGCUCUUUUAGCUGUCAAGAAAAUGCCGAUCCAUACUUUUAAGGGAUGCGCAGAGGGAGUUUACUAGUGAACCCUCUGUAAUUUUGCAGCUCCCCUAAAAAAACCACCAACAGAUGAAUUUAUUUUUUUCAAACGUCCCUUAAUUCCUAUAUUUUCCAAAAAACUUAUUUCCCUUCCCUGGUGGAUGUAUAAUGGUUGGCACUAGAUUCUCGGCUCUAUUACUGCAUUUUAAAGGUAAUCAGCCCAUUGUUUGAGGUGUGCUUGGUCCUAAAAGUUCUUGGGGGUACUCUUGGCCAUUUAGGGGUGGGGAUGUGCCACUGAGCUCUCUGAACCCUGACCCUGUUUCAGAGUAGAAUUGCUGAAAUUCAUACCCUGUUCUAGAGUAAGAUCGCUGAAAACCAUACCCUGUUCCGGUAUUGCAAAAAUAGAUACCCUGUUCCAGAGAGGAGAGAGCGUGAUUUCAUAUACCCUGUCCCAGAGUGAGCACGAUUUUAUAUGCCCUGUUCCAGAGUAGAUUCGCUGAAAUAUAGCGAACAUAGGGGAGUUCCCCCCCACCCCCGGGUAAACGUUUUGGGUAUUAAUAAUAAUAAACAUUCAAUUUCUUUUUUAAAACCUGAUUUUUGAAGAAAAAUAUUUUUGGAAAAAACAAACUGGCUUCAUACAUCAAUUUUUUAAUGAACAAUCUAUUUUUUGAAAAAAAGACUGGCUUCAUAUACUAACUUAAAAUACUAGGUACUUAAAUUUAUAAUUUUUUCUUAGUUAUCAAUAUUUCAAAACUUAAUAUUUGAUAUAAAAUUCUUACAUAAUAAUUAAUGUAAUUAAUUUUAUUUGUAUUAAUGAUUAUUUUUAAUUAGCAUCUAACUAGUAAUGUGCAAUCGUUCGAAGAUUAAAUUUAGGAAAAUAAUUAUGUUAAUUAAGGUAAUAUGUUAUGUAAACUUAAGGAGUACAAAAGUUAGUGAUUUUACAUAGAGUGCAUAAUUCAGACAAACUGUUGAAUAGUUAGAUAAAUUUAUCUAACCUAGAUAACUAUUUAGUUGACGUCACCUAAAAUAGUAAAAGCACGCUAAAUAACRGUCAUGCUAAUCCGGGGGGUUGUUUUACCAAAGAAUGAGCGAAUAGACAUCCAUUUGUAUCAUCGUUUCUCCCCCUGAUUUCAGUAGCUGUUUACUCGUAGUUUCAAAUAUAGGUGACGUCAGCUAAAAUAGUAAAUAACUUGUCUAAUUUAGGUGACGUCACCUAUUCAACAGUGAGACUAAAAGCACUCUAACCUGUGCAAAAUUAAGACUAAAGCAAUAAUACAUAGUGGUAGACACUUGUUCCAUUGUUUUCUCCUCUUUUACUUUGAUUGUUUAGUCAAUAAUUGUUUCAAAAGCCAAAUCAAAUGGUAUUAGUUACAGUUAGUAGUAUGUAUCAAUUUCAAUAGAAAUGGCUUGCAUGCUUACUUGGACUAUCAUUAUGAUAAAUUUCAGCUGACGCUGGAAUGCUAAUAGACCCCUUGCACUGAGUCCUGAGAGGAAUUGUUCUGGGGGACAAAACAAUAGGCCGUCUUUUCUCAUGCAAAAAAAAAUCCAUUGUUUGGUACCCCAGAACAAAUCCUCUUGGGACUUGGUGAAAGGGGUCUAUAUUGAGUCUUUUAAGAAUCUUGCUUUGGGCCAAUGCACUUGUUUGACAUUUUAUGAUUACCAUGAUUACUAUACAGCACUUUGAAAUAUGCAGCUCAAUUAGGGCAAAACAAUUUAAGGUUUCCGAUUCUCUAAGAUAUUCCAUUUUUUUUGUUCUCCAAAUUGAGCUGCAUUCUGAAGUGCUGCAAGGAGUAUUAAAUACUCUUUAAGUCUCUGUCAUUUUCUUUCAUUUUUAAUGCAAUUAUUAUUCAAUGUUCACUGUUAAUUAGAUAUUAUUUCACACAGUUAAAUGUAACCUUUCCUAGUCUAACUAAUAUUAACAGUAGUACAUUAAUUAUAUUGCUUUCUUUUGUUUCUAUCGGACAUUAUAUUACACCUUUAUUAGAUUUUACAUCAUCAAGUACCAUCACUCUUAAUCUUCUUAAAUUUUCUAAUAUUAAUUAUGAUGCUAAAUUAUAAUUAUGGUGGAGUUGUGUUACCUCAAUAUUUCAAAUUUUCUGUUAUUUCUCGACCUUUAGGUGACAUCCCAUAGAUGUGAUGACUGUAGCACUAAAAUAUAAUUCAAUACCCUUGUUUAUCUUCACCCCAAUUUUUCAAAGCUAAUAGACCUCUUUAGCUUGGUAUCCAAUAUUGCCCAUUACAGAUCACAUGACAUUCCCUUGGGAUUUGUUCUUUUAUGAUGAACAUGUUAAAAUAUUUACACAUGAAAGAAUCAACUCCCAAGAGUGGCAUCACAUGGUCUGAAGUGUGUACAACACGCAACGAAGCUAAAAGGGUCUAUUAUGACAGAACUCCAUGAUUAUAUUUCAAUUUGAUUAUGUCAGACUGUAAUGUAUAAUGUAUUUUCUAUACUUUGGCACCUUUGAGAGUAUGUAUGUAGAAUAAGUUGCACUCUUAUGUUAAUCUCAAACAAACUCGACUGAGUUGAUUUAAAGCAACUGAUUGUCAUCAGUACAAUGCUUUAUUGCAAUGCUAUUUUUGCAUGCUGUUUAGCUUUAGAUAUUGCGUUUAGUUGCACUGGCCAAAAACAAAGAGGCCUUAAUUUUGGGACAUUUUUCUUUAAAAAAUUUGUAAAGCCAUACAUACGUAGAUGCACACCUCAAUGCAUCCAGUACUGAUACAGUAUGUAAAAGACUUCAAAAAGGCCUUUAGUGAAGAGCUCAGUUAAACUAAACUGUGAUCAAUAUGACUAAUAUACCGGUAAAUAUGGAUAAAGUAAAUAAAAAUAAACUUAAAUUUAAAAGCCCUUCAAAGAAGACACACACACUAUACAAAAUAACAACCCACCUAAUACUGAUAUGGUAAAUAAAAAUCAACUUCAAAAACUC